CGCCAUUGAUAUUUUAAAUUGUCCAAAUAAAAAAAAAGCCACUUCCUUUUCACCUUAUUACAAAAACUUUACAAUGGGAAAAUCGAAAAUCGCCUUAUGGCGCGAAAUGGAACAAUUUAAGCGACAAAUGCUUUUGAAUCCCGGUUACGAACUUACAGAGAGUGAAAUCGCUUCAUUUCAACCCUCUCCUCCCCCAAGACGCCAACCACGUCAAAAAGCUCAGGCACCGAGUUACGACCCCAUGUCUGAAUACCCAGCAGACGAUGACAACAAUACGACCGUCGUCUUGCAUAAUUGCACCAUGGACCCUACACCGGCUCCAGCACCUCGCAAGCGUCGACGAAUCCGUAUCCGUUCGUCUGUACCUAUCGUUAAGGCUGUACCUGCGAAAGUCAGUCCUGCUGAAGCCAAGAAGGAAAGGGCCAUCAGGUACCAGAGAAAACUGGAGGUUUUAGCCAAUAAGUGGGGCAAUGUGCUUAACAACUUGUGCGUUAACUACCUUGUUUUUGUUGGUCAGCAAGGUGGCUUGCCAUCCACCGAGAUUGUUUCUCCAGUUGCAAUCGAUUGCCAAUGUGGUAGUGAAAAAGUACUUCUGACAAAGACCGUCAGAAUGUACUUUUUCCAUGCCAUCAAGGAUGUAUCAGUUAGUUACUGCAGCUGUAAGCCCUUGGCAGAAGCAUUAAUUUUGAUGGGUAUGUUUCCUGCUUCGCCCACAGACCCCAAAAAUGCCAUUCAUUUGGGUUUGUUGGGCUAUUUUAAUGAAGUUCGAAACACCUUGAAGUCUUCUUCUGAGGGUAUUACAAAGUUGUAUAACAACUUGCAAGGAAAUCCACUGACAUCCUUGUCAGUGAACAACUUCCGGACCGUAUUCAACUUGUACAACAAGGUCAUUUUGUUGACAGAAGAAAUGGUGAACGAUCGAUCUUUGUUGAAAGAUCAGGCGAUGUGCUGUCCUGCUUGUCCUAGUAGGGACUCCAUUCACCCUAUGGAUCGCAUUUUCAUUACUAUGGAUGGGUGCUUUAGUAUGAAAUGUAAGUCGAAAGCAAGUCCUCUUGAUCAACUUAAUUUGGUCAACACCGUGGAGAACGCUUGGGUGAAGCCUGAAUGUGUUGAGCUUUAUAAGAAGGAAAAAGCUCCCAAAGACGCUCUCAUGAAUGAGAACACAUUCAGAGCUGCAGGUAAUGGCGCCUCAUACAAGUCAAAGCUGUAUCCCGUAAAAGGAAUUUUUACAGCUUCAUGCGCGCGCCAUGACCUCACCCUAAAGAUGGUGGAUAUGGAUAGUGGUGAAGGAUUCAAAUAUCCACUAUCAGUUCUCCACGAGCUGUUUCAGGAGGACAAGGACAGCCUUGUUACGCCCGUUAAUUUGAUGUACGACAUCAUUUGUGUCUUGGAGAAGUCGUUGACGACUCACUUCCCGUACUUGACUGCUAACGGCACUCUUGCACUCCCCGUUUUUCAUGCUUAUGCGCAUGUUAUUAGCUGUCAGUCCAGCUUUAAUCCUAAAAACAUUGAAUCGUACGGCAGGACUGACGGCGAGGCAUCGGAACGUUUAUGGUCUUCACUCAGACCAUUCGUCACCAUUACACGUCCGAUGUCUCAGGCCAACAGAAGGCUGACUCUUACGUUGGCCAUCCGCCAUCGUAACAUGGAAAAAAAAUGGGGAAUGGGUAAGAUGUUGUUUUUGUAAAGGAAAUGGUGCAUAUCACUAACGACGUUAUUUUGGUUUAUAGCAAGUGUCUUGUACGGGAAGUACAAAAAUACCAAGAAGAUCCUGGCGGCAGGAUUAAUCAAGUUGAAGGAUGUCAACCAGGAGGAGAUUUCGUU